UAAUUAUUGGUAGAAAAGAUUCAUCCUUUUCGUCACAAACCAUAGCCAAACAGAAGUCACAUGCAUGGCAUCCGCUUAUGAGAACGGGAAGAGAGAGAGAUGUGGACGUUGUGAGGCGAACGGUGGGGUUGGCCGCGAGCAGAGCGUCGAGGCGGUGGUGCCGGGCCAUUACGGCGGAGCCAUCUACGAUGCUGGAGACGGCGAAGAAGCAGAUGAGAAUGGAGAAUGUGGAGGAGAUGAAGAAGAAGCUUCAGAGUAUGGCGGAGAAGGAAGAGAUGGCUUACAAAGACCUUCUGGAAGCUUCUGAGAAGAUGGGCAUUGCCAAUUCUCUCGACGAGGCUCGUGCCUUUGCUAGUGUCCUCGACGACGCCGGGUCUCGUCCUCAUUUUCCGGAACUCAAUCUACCUUCAUCCCGACAAGGAUUUAGGGUUUUGUCACGAGCGAGACGAAGGCAUUUAAGGUUUCGUUCGUCUGUUGUUCCAUAUCCCGUGAGCGACCCUUUUGUUUUCCUUUUUGGGAAGAUGAUUAACAUGUUUUAUAGAGAUUGAAUUCAUCUUGUUCAAGAGAUCUCGCAACUUUCUAAUUAUUAUUUUUUACA